CCGCAAAAGGAAAGGUUUGCCGUUGCGAAGGAAAUUGUUCCGGAAAAGAGCACUCGAUCACGCAAAUGCUCACGGUCUCACUAAAUUUCAAAUCAGCCACUCGUGGAUUACACAGUUUGCAAGGGAGAAUAACGUGAUAUUUAUUAAGCAGAAAGUACAUCCGGCUUCCGUUGAACGAGAUACAGACAGCGUCCCCGGUUCCGGCGAAGAAAGCGUUUAUGCAGCGGAUGAUCCACACAGGGCCGAAAACGAUAACAAUAUGACAACGAAGGAAAGCGGUUGCGGAAAAUACGAGCUUCUAGAACGAAUUGCUCAAUUCGCCCCGAAGGAUGUUUUUUACGUGGACGAACUGCUCGUGGCCUUUGGUGGCGGUGAAGAUAUUCGUUCCCGGCAACAGCUCAACAGCCUUUUUGCCACAAACAUGGACGGCAGCAUCAAGUUGCCACUGAUGGUCUUUGGAGACAGCAUACAACAGAAUAACCUCCACGAGAUGGGACAACUGCCGGUCGUUUGCCUGAAGCAAAAAACGACAAUUUCCACGCAGGAGGCUCUUCGACAGUGGUUGCACAUGCUGGAUCAUAUGUUCUCGAGAAUAGCGAAGAAGGUGCUCAUGAUUAUACGAGAGGCCGCAAUCGCUGGUUCGGUGAUCUCCCAGACCAAAUAUUCUUCCUUGGCACUACUCAUCCUGCCAGCGAAGGAACAGAUGAUUGAGAAACAGCUCAGGCAGGGAAUAACUGGAACAUUAAAUGCCUGCUAUGAUCAUAUUGUAAAGCAGCAACAGCAGUCGGUUGCGCUGGAGCUUACACUUAAAGAGUCGGUGUUCACAUUGUACCGCUGCUGGAAGGAGAAUUUGAAAGCAUCCACAAUCUGGAACUCUUUCAUGGAAGCUGGAUUAAUCGAUUCGAUUAAGUGCCCAUCGGAGAUAUUCGAAAGUACCGCCCCGUUGGAUACAGAUAGCAGAUCCGAUUGUUCGUAUUCUGAUUGCGGUAGCAGUUCUUCAACCUAUGAUAUCUGGAACCAAGGAGAUGAAGACAUAGAGGUGCUGGAUACGGCCAGUGAGGAUGAUUUACAGCGCUUCUCGGAUGCGGAAAUCGAACCACGAUCAACCCAUACCGUAAUAGAAGAUCACUGCAGCAUCCAGCACGCUCUGGAUCUUCCGUCUGAGCCUGGGACUGAGGUUAUACUUCAGUCAAGUAAAAUAGAGGAAACGGCUAAUAUCCAGGCCAACCUGGAUAUAGUGUACCGAAGAUUGCUGCAGCUGAAAGGAGUUUCCGCAAGCAUGUUUGAAAAAUUCUUCAAAUUAGAACACUAUUUGAAACAACGAGCUAGCGGAAACUGUUAGCGGAAAGAGCGUCAUAAUAUGAAGUCACCCGUGAUACGAUGAUAAAACAUAGAAUCUACAUAACUGGUGAACGCGGUAUGCAAAUGCAUAACUUUAAUUUAUUGUAAUAAGAUAGACGACGUUUUUGAUCACAAUGUAAAAGCAAUGAGAUUAUAGACAUGUGAAGCAUUCAUAAUAUUCCUUAUAAUGUGUCUUUACGAAAGCGGAGCUAUUUG